ACUUGGGCUGUACGCGCAAACACAUUGUCUCGUUUUUACAACUUUGACCUCUCGAAUGGCCAUUCUCUCUUCUAUUUUUUUCACAACUGGUCACUCAAAUUCACUUGUCUAAUUUUCCCCAUUUUGUCGUUGUCAUUAUUUUCUAUAUACCCGUUAAAAUUAUUGGAAAUAGAGAGUGAAUGGAAGGUGCCCUUAGGUUCUUUUAUAUUUUUUAAAAUUUAUAGGAUUGUACAAUCUCUUCUGCUAAAUUCCCCCCAGUUGGCAGAUUCUGCUGAUAAAUUGAUGCAAAAAUGUGUUGAAGUGUUGACACUUAUUGGUCGAUGUUGGUCUAAACAAUGGACAAACAGUUUACACAGCAAAUUGUCGAGAGAAUAUGGACUUUCUGGAUUUAUUUUUGAUGAGACAAUGUUCGAUUUUCCAGCAAAAGUUCUUUCGGCAGUUACUGGAGUUCUUCAACUACCUCCAACAACACAAAUUAGAUCAAUACCCUCAAUUACUUCCCAACAACCACAUGUACUUGGCCAUGCUUAAAGGCUGGCAUUUGGCCAUGCCCUACGCUGGCAUUUGGCCAUGCUUAAAGGCUGGCACUUGGCCAUGCCCUACGCUGGCAUUGGUUAAUCAACCAACUUCUUUCGUAAUUUUCAAAAUGGCUGAGAAUUUGUAUGAAAAUGCUUCGAGUUUGGACAACGUUGUUGGGACGCAGUCUAGUCCUAGUGGAUCAGCAACAUCAAUUUAUGUUACCAAUCUGGUUGAUCAACUGCGUGAGGAACUUCGCUUGGAACGUGAGGAAAAUGCGAGACUUCGAAAGCGCAAUGUUAAACUUGAGGGUAUCAUAAGAAGUGGACAAGCUGUUCUCGGGACUGCUUUUGCUGCUAAAGGUAAACAAAGAAUGUAA